AUGGCUGCUCUGCCAUCCACAAGCACGGCCCUGGUGCCCUCGAUCGUGAUGCUGCAGGCAAACGGUGACAGGCUCGGCGGUCGGACUCUCUGUGCAGUAUCUCCCACCCUGGCGCGGCUCUCUGACGAAUCGAAACGUCUCGCAACGUUGGUUCUCAACCAGCCCCUGUGCCUGAUCGGGAAUUUGGGUUUGGCGUCAGGCUCAGGCGGAGCUAGACCACAUCGAGGCUCCUCAGCUCCCGCGUCAGCUCAGCUAUCUUCUCUGCUCCAUACCGCGCCUAGAGGAGGACCCGUCUUUUUAACUCGCCACUUCUGCAUGCGUCAUGCCCGCAAGACUCGCUAUUCGGAACUAUUGGCCUCGGACUUUUGUAUGCCCACGCUCAGCGGACCGCCGUGCUGGAGCUCCAGACUGUGGGGAGCUGCAACAAAGCACUAUUUUCCGGAGCGCUCAGGCCAUGCUUCGGCUGUGGCAGACAUUCGCAGGCUCCCAUAUGAUGAUGCCUUUGUCUCCUCGGCUGUCACGCUUGUGCCACAUCUGCCAGCCCGGGACCGAAGCAAAUACCUCAACGGCAAUGUUUCUAAUGGCUUGCCAACUAAGCAGCGCCCAAGCCCAACAUGGGAGCGAGUGCCUCCACCUCCACCCUACAGCUCCUCUCCUAUCUGGUCGCAACUGAGGGACAAUUCCGCUCCCGACUCGUCUGAGGCGGCAGAUUAG